AUGGCGGCGCUCGACCGUGAAGAAAAGGGAUAUCCUCCCCCAACGCAGACCCCUCCGCCGAUGAUGGGAAGCCUAAGCUAUGACCCCACCGUCGCAGCCCCAGAGUCCGCCGAGUCACGAUCGAGGCACUUUACACUCAACAGAACAGACGCCAGUGUCCUCAUCCCACCAAGCGACAAGCUCCUGGUCUUCCGCGCACUUACCGGCAUCGACACAACACCAGCACUAAAUCUAUCACAUCAUACACCGCGGACAGCCCCUAAUAUUGGCAUCUACACGCGCGUCGUGAAAGCCGAGACGCACGCCGCAAGCCGAUACCGCUUCCACGCAAUCCUGAUCAACACCUGCCUGGGCAUCCAAAUCGUGGUGGCGGCUGCACUGACAGCCCUCGGUGCUGCCCGGGGUCCCCACAACGCCGUAACCGCUUUCGGAGCCAUCAACACCAUUGUAGCCGGUGUCCUCACCUACCUAAAGGGCUCAGGGCUCCCAGACCGCUUGAAACACUAUCAGAACGAAUGGCGCAAUAUCCGAGAAUACAUCGAACAGCGCGAACGCGAACUAUGUCUGCAGGGGUGCGAGUUGGACGUUGAAGAAGAAAUCCAGAUCAUCGAGCAAAUGUACGAGGGCGUCAAGCGCGAAAUCGAAGCAACGAAGAGUGGAGGCGAUAAUAGGGUCUCUGGUCGCGACAGAACAUCUAUGCGACGGCCCUUCAUACCGCAGUCUGAGCAGAGGAGGGAAUAUGCUCCGCGUCCGCCGAGUCCCAGAACCCCGGGGGCUUUUGGAGGGCAUUACAGCGAGCCGCAACGCCAAUAUGCUCCCCGUCCACCGAGCCCUGUGCGAACUUCGGAAGCUUUCGAGAAGCAUUAUAACGACCCGCGACGGGAGUAUACCCCUCGUCCGCCAAGUCCUGCGAGGAUGCCAGAACCCUUUGAAAAGCAUUACUAG